GCCGAUGGGACCUUCCUAAACAGCGAGUGCCCUAUUUGCUUGGAGGACUUUCUCUUGAAAAGUUUCAUCUACGAAAUUCCUUGCCGACACGCGAUUCACGUCAACUGUGCGACAAAAUGGUUUAAACUUAGAGGUGUUUGUCCUCUGUGUGUGCAAAGUGUU